AAAAAAAAAAAGUGUUUCUUUCCUGACGCAGAUGCAUUUAAGUCUCUCUUUGUGUUUAUCAUUUCUACUCCCCCCUUCUUUCUUUCUUCCCUAACUUCUCAGAUACUAUUGUGUAAACUAUUUUGUUUCCGAGUAUAAAAAUUGAAAAAAGAGCAUGCUUGAAGAGCCACAGGUUACUACAAGUCUAGUAAAUCAGGAGGACAAUUACACUUUUCCCUCUUCAUCCAACAACAACAAUUCAUCUCCACCAACGAUUGAUGGUGAGGAUAUACAAGAACUUCCCUCUUCUACUACUACUGCAACCGUACAAAAUAUCGCUCGUCGAAUUCGAAACAGAAAGGAAUCGAUCACAAGAGGAACUGCUUCGAGUCUUGCGAAAAUGGUUCGACCGCCUAUUAGUUCCCAAACCCCUACUUACAAUGACACAAAUACCACACGAAAUUCAUUACGUUUGUCAAAGAGGCAGUCGCUGAUUCCAGUCAAUUACAAGAAUCUAUAUCCGUAUAACAAUACUCUUUCACAAAGAAGAAGUUCCUGGACGCCACUCGUACAACAACAACAACAACAACAACGUCAACAGCAUACGGAUAUGGGAGCAUCUUCGGUUUCUCCUUCGCCCUCACCUCCACUUAUGCAAUGUUCAAGGAAAAAAUCAAAUCAGGAUAUGUCACAGCAACAACAGGCAAAAAUGCCAGCUUUGCAUACUCUAAAGAGUAGCUAUAAUGGUCAUUAUCAAUAUCGGCGUGCUCAUCAACAACAAACAUCAAAGAACGACCCUUGUUUUCUCUCUGAUGUUUCUUCCAGUAAUACCACGGAAAAUAGCAGUAGCCAUGGUAGCGGUAGAUCCAUUGUAAAUGCCCCCAAGAACAAAGUCUACUGUGACCAUUCUCAGUCUCCAUUUGAAUACGAGGCAGCAAUAGGCGUUAACAAAAUCAAACAAACAAUGACAAAGCCAUCCCAUAAUAAAUAUCUUCCUGUUUGCCAUAAUAUUCCAAGCCAGCAGCAGCAUCCACUCCAGCUCCAGCCAGGUCCACCUUGUUUUCCUAACCAUACAGCAACAGCGAAUGGAAAAGGAUAUGAUAAUGCAACUUGCUUUACAGCUGCAAGACAUCCUCAACAACAAAACAGUUCCUUUGAAACUCCUCCUCCUUGUUUUGCUCCUGACACAUCACCCUCUGCCGCUUCCACGGUUACUACCACUAACAAUGCAGCUACAAUAUCUACCAAUGAGGUAAGUUUACGAUUUCAAGGGCGUUAGAACCUGCUUAAAAAUAUACAUAGG